CUGAGCUGGUACAACUCCCUUGUGGGAUCACCACGGACAGAGAAAAAAGGGGUGGCAUAUGAUUGGAGACCAAUAUACCGAAGGAUUACCUAAUAGCUUCAUCAUUUAUAAAAACCAGAGUUUGGCCUAAAAAGCUCUUAGAGAUGGAAGAAGUAGAGCUCUGCUUCCCACAGCUGCUCAACACCUCCUGCAGGAAACCAAAGCAUUCUUCCUCUCAUAUAUUGCUUCUUUCUGUGCUUCUAUCUGUUGUUUCUUUUCUGACUGUGAGUCUUAACCUGCUGGUAAUCAUUGCUAUUGUGCAUUUCAGACAGCUUCACACCUCCACAAACAUGAUUCUUCUCUCUCUGGCUUUCUCAGAUUUCUUCGUGGGUUUUCUCUUCUUGUUUCAACUUCUGAUGGUAGACGGCUGCUGGUAUCUUGGCAACCUCAUGUGUGCUCUGUUUCUUACUUUAGAUUUAAUUCUUGUCUCAGCCUCAGUGGGAAAUAUGGUGCUUAUUUCCAUUGACCGUUAUGUAGCCAUAUGUGAUCCUCUACAUUAUCCCACUAAGGUCACUCUGAAAAGAGCUAGAGUCUCAGUUUCACUCUGUUGGACUUGUUCUCUAAUUUAUUCCACUGUGAUGUUGAGGGAGAACCUAGAUCAUUUGGACAAAUUUAGUUCCUGUGCUGGAGACUGUACAGCUGAAUAUGGUCCUACUGAACUUAUUAUCGAUCUUUUUUCAACAUUCCUAAUUCCCAUUACUGUCAUUAUAGUUCUGUAUGUUAUAGUCUUUGUGGUGGCUUUGUCUCAGAUUCGUGUCAUGCGCUCUCAUGUUGCAGCCCUCACAAAUCGGCAUUCAAAAAGAGCUCUACCUAAGAAAUCUGAAUUAAAAGCAGCAAGGACUCUUGGAGUUGUUAUAAUUGUUUUUCUGUUGUGUCUUUGCCCAUAUUUCUGUAUCUCCAUAUCCAGCUUAGACAUUUUGCUUAAUAAUUUAACAGGUGUUUAUGUUAUAUCAUUAUUCUACUUUAAUUCCUGUCUAAACCCUCUAAUCUAUGCAUUAUUCUAUCCUUGGUUUAGAAGGUCUAUCAAAAUUAUUGUUACACUUAAAAUUUUCAAGUCUGGCUCCUCAAAUACAAAUUUACUGCAACCCUAAAUACUGUACAGUGUCUAGUAAAUCUUUUUAGAAUCAUUACAAUCAUGACUAUCAUCAUAAAUGAAUUAUUUUGGAUUUCAUAUACAAUAGUUAUACUUAUUUUAAAAAGCUAAAAGAAAAUAAAUACAUUUAAAUAGUUCUUUUACAGGCACUUGCUUUACACUAAACCAUAUUUUAGUGGCUCUGUUAAAUUGUA